CAAACCAAACCAAACCAAAUCGAAUCGAAUCGAAUCGAAUCGAAUCGAAUCGAAUCGAAUCAAAUAACCCAACAAAGGACCACACGUCCACCGGCACCGAGAAACCAGCUGCGCAUCUUUUCUCGUCUCGUCUCGUCUCGUCGGAAGGCAGGGCAACAAACACAACCCCAACGAGACGACCACGAGACACCCCGGGAGGAUGCGGUUCGGCCCACUUUCUCGCCGGGCUCCCGCCGAGAGCGUUUUUYCUGCUUCGGCACGCCCGGUGGCCGUUUUGCGGUCGGCUUUUUUGCCGCUCUGGCUCGUUGUUCUUGUUCUGGCGGCCCGGCCUCCUUCCGGCGCGGAGGCCCUGUCGUCGCUGUCCAUGGCGGCCCCUUCCUCCGGGGCCGGCCGGGUGGCGGUGGURACGGGCGCCAGCCGGGGCAUCGGCCGGGGGAUCGCCCUCGAGCUGGGGUCCGCCGGGUACACCGUCUACUGCCUGGGCCGCAGCAGCCGGGAAGCGGAACCAACAGGGGUGGGCUACCAGCGGCCCGUCGCAAAGGGCCUGGACCUCACGGUGGAAUCGGCGGCGGAGGCCGUCACCGAGCGGGGGGGCAGGGGCAUCCCGGUUCCGUGCGACCUKGGCAGGGACGGGGCCAUCGAGGACGUUUUGGCAAGCAGGGUGGACGAAAACGAGGGGGGCCGGCUGGACGUCCUGGUCUGCUCGGCCUACGCGACGCCGCCCACCGGCAUCCGCGGGGACUUUUGGGAGCAGGAYCUGGAGAUGUGGGACUGCGUCAACGGCCUGGGACUCCGGCAGGUCUACGCGGCCUGCCGGGCCGCGGCCCCGCGGAUGAUCCAGACGGCAAGAAACAACGGCGGUGGUGCUUCGAGCCCGCCCCCCCUGGUGUGCCUGGUGUCGUCCUUCGGCGGCAAGUCGUACACCUUCAACGUGGCGUACGGGGUCGGAAAGGCCGCCAUCGACCGUCUGGCGGUCGACAUGGGCUACCAGCUGGCGAAACACGGGGUCGCGACCACGGCGCUCUACCCCGGGCUGGUCCGGACGGAGGCCAACCUGCAGAUGGAGGCCGACGGGACCUGGGACGAGCAGAGCGGCGGCCUGGACCUGUCGAUGGGGGAGACCCCCUCCUUCUCGGGCAAGGCCCUGGUGGAGCUGGCGGCCCUGCCGAGGGAGGCCAUGAUGGAACGGUCCGGCAGCGUGGAGGUGGUGGCCGAGCUGGCCAGCGAGUUUGGCUUUUGCGAGGCCGACGGGAGCCGGCCCUUCUCGAUCCGGUCCCUGGGGUACCUGCUGCCGAACUUUGUCUUUCCGGCGAUCGAGAAGGAACUGGGGGAGGGCAAGGAGCUCCCGGGGUGGAUCAAGAACAACGUUCCAAACGUCCUCCUGCCGUGGUCGACCUUUUCGUCGGGCCCGCCCCCGGAAAUGGACGACCGAUAGGAUGGAUGGCCGGGAGAGACGUUUUGCCGCCGAGCCGUUUCGCGGACUUGGCCUCCCGGACAACAACACUUUUGAAGCACCGUACGGUACCGUAGCAUGCCUCGAACGAGUUAAAAAGCCGAAAACACAAAAAAGGCGUUCUAUCUAU